UGAAACAAGCUAAUUACGCUCAUGAACCAAAUCCAACUUCGCGUUUCUGCCUAUAAAAACCCAUAUCAUAGUUUGUCAUAAGCAUAUGAUAGAUUAUAUAGUAGUUUGUGAUAAUUCCUGCUUUAUUAUUACGUACACCUUCAACAUAACAAUGUCCUUGAUGCCCAUCAUUAGAUUUAAUAAACCAAGAAGACAUGACCAUGUUUAUGAUCAUCCUUUCAGGAUGGAUAUUUGGCAUCCCAUUGACGACGUCCACAUGGAUCAUCGCAGACAUGUUGUCUCCUUCCACAACAUCACCAAGUUUGAGUGGAAGGAAACCCCGGAGGCACAUGUGUUGAGGGCUGAGCUUCCAGGGUUCAAGAAAGAGGAAGUAAAGGUGGAAGUGGAGGAGGGUAAAGUUCUCAAGAUAAGCGGCAAGAAAGAAGAAGAGAAAGAAGAGAAGCGUGAAAAUUGGCAAUACUUGGAGUACAGCGAGGGAAACUUCCUCAGGGCUUUUACCUUGGCUGAAAAUGUUAAACAUGAUGAAGUCAGGUGCUCGUGGGAGAACGAGGUCCUCAUUGUCACAGUUCCUAAAAUGGGAUGUUAAAUAAUCUCCUGUAUGAAAGUCCACUUUAUGUCUUUCCAGGAAGAAAUUAGUAGAAUAAAACUAUCUUUACAUGUCAUAUAGAGAUGUAGUAGUGCUCGUAUUGUAUGUCAUACUGCAACAUUCCAGUUGAAUAAAACUUCUCUCUCUCUCUCUC